GAUGCGAAGGUGGAAUUGCAGUUUGAUCUUCUACGCUAUCAAAGUACAGCUUAGAGCCCUCACUAACAAAACUAGACACCUCGAACAGUUUAUCUCGCGUUCUCCAGAGAAUCUUAAAGAAAGCAUUUUACCAUCAUGAAGUUCGCAUUUGGUCUUCUUUGCUUCGGACUUGCGAUCGUUUUCGCCCAAGCCGCUAUUGGAAGCUAUGACUACUGCGGCAAACCUUGCACAGAUAGUGGCAGCAUCACUUGCGCCUACAACCAAGUUUGCUACAAUGUCUUCAUCAAUCCAUGUGAAAUGAAGAAGCGAAAUUGCGAUUUCGAUGACAGAUUCUUGCAAGUGGGUCUCGCUUCAUGCCUUCUCUCAGCGAAUAAGUGCCGUUUCUAGUGUGGACAUAGUGAUUUCAGUAUGAAUUUAUUGUAACUUAGAAUACAUAAGAUUAUCCAUAAUAAAAUAAAAUAUCGUUAAAAUGAA